AUGGCGAAGGCCGGAAACGGAGGAAAUCCUGCGCCCAAUGCCUUGAGACGGCCGCAUUUGCCCAAAGGGCCCGGCUAUGGUGGGCAUGGAGGCAGUGUGAUACUCAAAGCGACGACGCAGAUUGAGAGCUUCCUGGAUAUUCCGCAGAAGGUCACUGCACCCCAUGGCGCUGACGGUCACGACACCCGACGAGGUCGUACAGGGGAUGAUCUCUACUUGCAGGUGCCUUUGGGCACCAUUGUGCGGGAGCGCAUCUUCAGUGGCUACACAACAGAGGAAGGCCGGCGGAUCUUCCUGCCGCAGUUCCGCUACCAGUUCCUCCGGCACUUGGACACCUAUGUUGUGGCCAAGGGCGGCAUUGGUGGUAUUGGACCCAAGUCCUUUAAGAAAGGCGACAUGCGAAGGGGUACUCCUGGGCAAAGGACACGGCUCGAGCUGGAGCUCCGUGUUUUGAACGACGUGGCAUUGCUGGGUUUGCCCAAUGCAGGGAAGACCUCCUUGCUGGCCGCCAUGAGCCGAGCUCAUACGAGGAUUGGACCGGAGGAGUUCAGCACCACCCGGCCACAUGUGGGAGUGAUUUGCUUCCGUGAUCGAGUUGAAGUGAGAGUCUGCGAUUUGCCUGGGCUCAAGCAUGGAGCUCACCAGGACAAAUUGAUGGGUCGUCGAAUUCUGCGGCAUACCUACCGCUCGAGAGCACUGGCUUUCGUGGUCAAUGUGGCGCGAGGAGAGAAAUCGGAGGAGGAUGUUCUGGAAGAGGUGGAGAUGCUGCGCCAGGAAGCAAUUCAAUUCGAUCCUUUGAAUGCCGAAAAGCCCUGGAUGGUCAUUGGAACCAAGUGUGACAUGCUUCAUCGUGAUCCAUUGUUCCACUUGGACUCGCUCUUCUACCGCCUUCGCGCGCGGUAUGAGGAUGAAAUCCCAGUGGUUGGCACCUCUUCGCGCUUCGGCUUGGGGCUCACGCGAUGUGUCAGGACCUUGCGCCAACUGGUGUACCCCGACAUGUUGGAGCCUCGCUAUCGCCUCGGAGCUGACCCAAUCCUGAAAGAGCACCCGAAGGCACCACAUCAGUCGAGUGACUUAGGUGACCAAGUUGACUUGAUUGGAGAAGCAGAAAGGUUGCAGGUCAAGCAGUGGUGUUGGUGUUUUCUGGUGAACACAUGGUCAAAACAAGACAGCAUAUACAUAUACAGAUACAAACCGUCCCUAUAG